AUGUAUCGAUGGGUGCAGAGGAACAACAAAACUCUUCCUGUUGAGAUCCACAAGGUGCCCAUUCCUGUUCGUUCUUCAGCGCGGCGCAAGACUGACCAGGGGCGGCCUUGGCCUGUCAUAUAUCUAUCCAGUUGGUUCAAGGUUGCAUUUCAAGAGCCCUAUGGAGGAUUCUUUUUCUUAGCAGGUCAAAGGCUGACCGAGUUGGAUGAGGUAAAGAAAACGUUGUCUCGCUUCUGGAGCCGCUACCGGGGCGUGGAGCCUAAUUUUGUGUUUCCAGAACGGCCAGAUCUCACGAUACCGUUCUACGUGCAUGGAGAUGAGGGCCGAGGUUAUUGCAAGAGGCACACAUUCACCACUCGCCUCCUGUACAGCCUGAUUCCCAGGGAGCGCUAUGCAGCAGAAGGCGCUUCUACUCAAGGCCUUAUGGCGGCCUUUGUUGCUGACGCCAAUGAGCUCUACCACCAUGGGGUUGAGGUCACUUUUGGAGGCAUUUGUCAGAGAUUUUACCUGCAGUGCCUCGGGACAAAAGGCGAUUGGCCGUUCCUGAGAUCAGCAUGGAAGCUUUGGGCAGGAUUCUCUUCGAAGAGACUGUGCCAUAAAUGUGACUUUGAAGAUUGGCACGAUUUCACCACUACUGGCCCAUUGCGUACAAACCCUGGAGCAAAUAGUAGAUCUGUUGGAGACCCUUUUCAUCGUGGACCCCUGGCCGCACUUCGUGGUUUAGCCCCCUCUGGUUCGACGGAAAAGAUCAAAAUUGAUCUGGCUCACACCUGGUCCAUUGCCGGGUGUGGCAAAGACUACCUGGCUUCAGGGCUGGUUUUCAUUGCUGUACAUUGCCGGCAUUUUGGCGCCGGUGCAUGGGAGCUACUCUUGGAUCGGGCCUUUGAAGAUUUCUCUCGCUGGUGUGUGUCCAAUAAGAAGGUGUCCAGCAUCAAAGAGUUCUCGAAAGAGGAGCUGAAGAUCACUUCGCUUCAGCAGUAUCCUCGGGGUCUCGGAAAAGGCAGUGAUGCGGCCUUGGUAAGCAAGUGGAUCGCGACGGUCUUGGAGGGGAUGGAUGAGAACCAAGUCCCUGAAGAGUACCAGAACAUCUUCAAGGUGUUGAAGUGGGGUCACGCAUCCGUUUCGCAGUUCUUCAAGAUCAUUUAUUGUGGGAAGAUUUGGCUGACCGCUCAUGAGGGUGAGCAAGCAGAAUGCUAUGGGGCUUUGGCCCGGCUGAGCUGGGAAGCUGGCCUGGCCCUGUGGUACAUCCGUCCCAAGUGCCACAUGUUGGCACAUGUGGUGCUCUCUGGCUGA